GCUGCCUUGACUGCCUUUCUCUCUCCUCCGCCCUACCCUUUCUCUCUCUCUCUCUAUUUAGUUGUUUUGCCCCCAUGUCAGCUGCAGUCUGGGGGAAUCUGAGCCUGCUGCACACCUGAGAGCCUGUGGGGAGGCAAACGCUGCAGAGCUCGCAGAGAGGGGGAGGGAGGCAGGGGGAAGAACUGUGCCGGUUUUGCCCCCCGGUUCGUCGUUACCCUUGCUUUGGAGGGAUCUGAGCUGAGCUGAGCUGCGGCUGCUGCCAAAGCCUUUUUUUCAGCUGUAGGCUCUGCUGAUCAUGAUGGUGGUGGUGAUGGCGGCUGCGCAGCGGAAAAGCUUCUCGUGCUAGUGGAGGAGGCGUGAAAUUUCACCCGUAAAGGCUGUCGCGGUGGGUGGGGGAUUGCUCAAUUCCGCUGAGAUUCUUGCCGCUGGGCAGCCGUGGGCGGUGAAGAUGAUCACUUUCGUGGACUCGGCGGCCAUGGAGCGGGCACGGGAGAGCGACAAGUGCCUGGACCCGCAGCUGUGGCACGCCUGCGCCGGCGGCAUGGUCCAGAUGCCGCCGGUGCACUCCAAGGUGUACUACUUCCCGCAAGGCCACGCGGAGCACGCGCAGGGCCCCGUCGACCUCCCCGCCGGCCGGGUCCCGGCCCUCGUCCUCUGCCGCGUCGCCGCCGUCCGCUUCAUGGCCGAUCCGGACACCGACGAGGUCUUCGCCAAGAUCCGCCUCGCCCCCGUCCGCGCCAACGAGCCGGGCUACGCCGCCGACGCCGACGACGCCAUGGGCGCGGGCGCGGGCGCGCAGGAGGACAAGCCCGCGUCCUUCGCCAAGACGCUCACGCAGUCCGACGCCAACAACGGCGGGGGUUUCUCCGUGCCGCGCUACUGCGCCGAGACCAUCUUCCCGCGGCUGGACUACUCGGCCGAUCCCCCCGUCCAGACCGUGCUCGCCAAGGACGUGCACGGCGUGGUCUGGAAGUUCCGGCACAUCUACCGCGGCACGCCCCGCCGCCACCUCCUCACCACUGGGUGGAGCACCUUCGUGAACCAGAAGAAGCUCGUCGCCGGGGACUCGAUCGUGUUCAUGAGGACGGAGAACGGGGACCUCUGCGUCGGCAUCCGGCGCGCCAAGAAAGGCGGCAUCGGAGGGCCGGAGUUCCUGCACCAGCCGCCUCCGCCGGGCGGCAAUUACGGCGGGUUCUCCAUGUUCCUGAGAGGCGAAGAGGACGGCAACAAGAUGAUGGCCACGAGGGGGAAGGUCAGAGUGCGGGUGGGGCCGGAGGAGGUCGUCGAGGCGUCCAACCUCGCGGUGAGCGGGCAACCGUUUGAGGUUGUCUACUACCCGAGGGCGAGCACGCCAGAGUUCUGCGUCAAGGCGGGGGCCGUCCGGACGGCGAUGCGCACCCAGUGGUGCGCCGGCAUGAGGUUCAAGAUGGCCUUUGAGACGGAGGACUCCUCCAGGAUCAGCUGGUUCAUGGGUACAGUCUCGGCCGUGCAGGUGGCUGACCCCAUCAGAUGGCCCAAUUCACCUUGGAGGCUUCUUCAGGUCGCUUGGGAUGAACCGGACUUGUUACAGAACGUGAAGAGAGUGAGCCCAUGGCUGGUUGAGCUCGUCUCGAACAUGCCGGCCAUCCAUCUCUCUCCGUUCUCGCCACCCCGGAAGAAGCUGUGUGUCCCAAUGUACCCCGAGCUUCCGCUGGAGGGCCAGUUCCCGACGCCGAUGUUCCAUGGGAGCCCUCUCGGCCGUGGGGUUGGUCCUAUGUGCUAUUUCCCGGAUGGCACUCCUGCAGGCAUACAGGGAGCCAGGCAUGCUCAAUUUGGUAUAUCCUUAUCAGAUCUCCACCUCAACAAGCUGCAGUCGAGUCUGUCACCCCACGGGAUCCACCAGCUCGAUCACGGCAUGCAGCCGAGGAUCGCAGCCGGGCUCAUCAUCGGCCACCGGGCAGCUCGAGAUGACAUCUCCUGCUUGCUGACCAUUGGCACCCCGCAGAACAAGAAGUCGGACGCCAAGAAGACGCCGCCGCAACUGAUGCUGUUCGGGAAGCCAAUACUCACCGAGCAGCAGAUCUCGUUGGGUAAUGCUGCGGGGUUUCCAGUGUCAACUCCGAAAAAGAGCCCUUCUGAUGACAAUGCUGAAAAGACAGUGAGCAACUCGGAUGUUUCAAGCCCUGGAAGCAACCAAGAUGGCACGUCCAGUGGAGGAGCCCCACUGUGCCAGGAUAGCAAGGUGCUUGAUCUCGGGUUGGAGACCGGGCACUGCAAGGUGUUCUUGCAGUCGGAGGAUGUUGGGCGCACACUUGAUCUCUCUGAUGUUGGGUCGUAUGAGGAGCUGUACCAGAGGCUUGCUGACAUGUUUGGCAUUGAGAAAGCAGAGCUGAUGAGCCAUGUUUUCUACCGUGAUGCAUCUGGGGCACUGAAACACACCGGAGACAAGCCUUUCAGCGAGUUCACGAAAACUGCUCGGAGGCUGACCAUACUAACGGAGACAAGCAGCGAUAGCUUAGCGAGGUAGGGAGGGGAUCGGAGAAGCUCUCGUCACUUGUACAGCUGGAGGAGCGUGGUGGCAAAUUUCGAAGGCAAAAUUGCCACCUCCAAGCGCUGGUGCAGUUUCAAAGAGGAGAGAGGCAGCUCAGUUUGUUUUUUUUUUCGGUCUCGGUUGGGGCUCCUGGAACGGGACCGAGAGCGCGUGUGAUCCAGGACCCGUGAUUUUAUCGGCAGAUUUGCCGGACUAGCUCCACACCCUGUUUGUCGUUUCAAGGUGAUCGUCGCGGUUGCGUCUGAUCACUGGUGAUGAUACUGUUGUGUACUCUGCCACGAAACCGUUGCUUUGCGAAUGCGAUUCCUGAAAGUUUUGGGAAGGUUUUUGGUUGGUCUGUUGGUUGUCUGAAA